AAGACAGACCAUGAACCUCACCACCAAGACCAUUGACAAUUGAUCCCAAGUUGAAAACAAUCUGAUCAGCCCGAGUAGCCACAACCAUGUCCACCAAACCCUCCAUCGGCGUCCAAGUCUCCGGCGCAACCUUCGAAGCCCCCUUCGCACGCCCCUUCACCAUCUCAAUCCCCGACUCCUUCCUCGAUCUCACCCGUCAAAAACUCCUCCUCACCCGCUUUCCAGACGAACUCGAAUCAUCCGGCUGGGAGUAUGGGAUACCGCUGUCAAUGGUCCAGAACCUGCGUGACUACUGGUUGGAGAAGUAUGAUUGGAGGAAAGAAGAAGCGAAGAUGAAUGAGCUCGAGAAUUUCAAGAUGAGGGUGCCCGUUAUCGAACACGAUACGUUGGAUGUGCAUUUUGUGCAUAGGAGGAGUUCGAGGGUUGAUGCGAUUCCGCUACUCUUUGUUCAUGGAUGGCCCGGCAACUUCACCGAAGUCACCAAAAUCCUCCCGCUACUUACCGAACCCCAAGACCCCUCUCUCCCCGCCUUCCAUGUCGUAGCUCCAAGUCUCCCUGGUUACGCCUUCUCCGAGGCUCCCAAGAAGUCAGGUUUCGGCGUCGCCAAAAUGGCAGAAUGUUUGAAGAACCUCAUGGUCGCACUCGGGUACGACGAGUUCGUCUGUCAAGGCGGUGACUGGGGAUCUUGGAUAACACGCAUGCUCGCCCACCUCUACCCCCAAAACUGCCUCGCCCUCCACCUAAACUUCCUCUAUGCCUCCCCUCCACCCCCCUCCUCCCCCCUCUCCUGGCUCGCCUCAAAACUCCCCUACAUCUUCUACUCCUCAAACGAACGCUACGGCCUCGCCCGCACCGCCAAGAUGAUCGAAAAAGGCACUGGAUACCAGAAGAUUCAGAGUACGCGUCCACAGACGUUGGGGUAUGCGUUGACGGAUUCGCCGGUUGGGUUGUUGGCUUGGAUUGGUGAGAAACUCGGGAACUGGGUUCAUGGGAACGUGGAACAAGGGGGACCAUGGGGCCCGGAUGAUUACAUCACAUGGACCAUGCUCCACUGGAUCCCCGGCCCAACCCCCGCAACCCGCAUCUACAAAGAAUUCACAGCCGAACGCACCCUCCUAACCGAAACCCCCAACUUCGUCCGGCAACCAACCGGCGUCUCGAAUUUCGCCAAAGAAAUAUACCUCAUGCCGGAGAGUUGGACGAGGAGGUUGGUGAAUUUGAGAUGGAGUCGGUGGCAUGGGGAGGGAGGGCAUUUUGCGGCGUGGGAGAAGCCGGAGGUGUUGGUUGAGGAUGUUAGGGAGUUUUUUGGGGGGUUGUUGGGGAGGGAGUUGAGGGUUGGGAUGGUGAAGGCGAAGUUGUAAGCUGAUGUUCUGUAUACGUACUUGUAAUGGGUGAAGGCAGCUGGUCAACGAGACUAAAAGCGAUUUGAUCUAUUGAUGAUUGGUAUGGGAAAUUUGUCCCUUGGGUAUCUAACGAUAAGCAUACGAUAAGGUCCGAAGCAAAUAUACCUAGUAUUCCUUCCUCU